AUGCAUUCAUGUCGACAAUUAUUAUAUAGCCCAGCCCGGUGGAAAUGUGUUUUACCUGUUAAUUUAAAACCUACUGCAAUUAUUUGCCAGCCUGACCAGUUUACAGUACAAGAAUGGAGGAGUUAUUCUGCACGAAAAGGAUUCUUCUCUUCAAUUAUCGAGAACAUCAAAGAAGAUAUCGCCAAAAACAAAGAGAUGAAGGAAAAUAUUAAGAAGUUCAGAGAAGAAGCUCAGAGGCUUGAGAAUUCCGAAGCGCUGCAGGCGGCACGAAGAAAGUUCCACGCAGUUGAAUCAGAGGCCUCAAAAGGCUCGGAAGUUCUUAAAGAUACUUUGGAAGGAAUUAAGGGGAAAGUUGAGCAUGUUUUGGAGGAGGCUAGUAAAACGGAGUUUGCUAAAAAAGCUGGAAAAAUAACUGAAGAUAUAUCGAAAACAGCUAAAGACGCAGCUGAGAGUAUAGCCGACAAGAGCCAGAAGCUUGGACAGACAUCUGCUUUUAAGACUAUAUCACAGGCGACAGAAGUAGUAAAGAAUGAGAUGGCAUCGCGAGGACUGGAGGGUCGAGUGUACACGUCGCCGAUUGCACUGCGGAAACGGGUUGAGGUGGCCGCAGACGAACGGACUUUCGCUCCUGAUACUGAAACUCUUGGCCUGGAGCUGCACAAGGAUUCCAAGUUCUACCAGCAGUGGGAGAACUUCAAGAACAACAACCAGUAUGUCAACAAGGUUUUGGACUGGAAAAUACGCUAUGAGGAGUCUGAUAACGCAGUGGUAAAAGCAUCCCGAUUCAUCACCGAGAAAGUAAGCAGCCUCUUCGGAAAUUUGUUCGAGAAGACGGAACUCUCUAAAACCCUCACCGAGAUAUGCAAGAUCGACCCCAACUUCACAGCACAGAAGUUUCUAGAAGACUGCGCUAACGACAUCAUACCGAACAUUCUCGAAGCAAUGGUGCGCGGCGACUUGGAAAUACUGAAGGAUUGGUGUUACGAAGGAGUAUAUAAUAUUUUGUCCACACCAAUUAAACAGUGCAAGCAACUUGGUUACCGUCUGGAUUCUAAAAUCCUAGAUAUAGAACAGAUCGAGCUAGUCAUGGGAAAAAUGAUGGACCAGGGACCUGUCCUGGUUAUCACGUUCCAGUCCCAACAAAUCAUGUGUGUCAGAGACGGCAAGAAUAAUGUCAUAGAAGGCGAUCCUGACAAAGUCAUGAGGGUGAACUAUGUGUGGGUUCUCUGCAGGGAUCCCCAAGAAUUGAACCCCAAAGCGGCCUGGAGACUCCUAGAGUUGUCUGCAAACAGUGUUGAGCAGUUAAUAUAG